AUGCCCACCCACCCCUUUCCCGGCCUCUCCCUCCUCGUCGCCCUCCGCAUCACGCCCCUCAUCUCCACCACCUGCACGCUCCUCUACGCGCGCGACCAAGACUUCUUUCUACGGCUCUUCAACCACCCCGCCUCCCACCGCGCCAAAAGCCGCCCCUUCCUCCCCUCCUACUGGCAAGCCUUCUUCCGCCGCGGCAUCUACCUCGUCGUCGGCUGCCUGGGCGCAACCUUCUGGUCGUCACUCGCCAACCUUUACGUGCGCCGCCCGAUGCUGCACGCCAAGGGUCGUUUGGGUGUUACAAUUGUAGGCGAGGUCACGGCGGCGAAAUUCAUCCCCCGAACACACUCAAGCCUCAUCGUCCGCCAUAGCCCAUUCAUCCUCCUCCGCGCUCUCCUCCCCAUCCUCACCCUGCGCCGCUCCCAACGACCCAACAUGCAGGUGCACAUUACCUCCCCACUCCGCCGGCCGCGCGGCAAAGAAGUGAUGAUCCUCCCUCAACGGCCGUCCCUGACAAACAUACCCGACGGGCGUAUGGGUGACGUUCUGACCCUUGCGGCGCAAUGCCAGCCAUUCGAGGAGAAAAGCCGCGGGGCUCGCCGAGAAAGCGGGCUCCUCAGCACCAGAACGCUCCAUGUAGCGGCGCAGGGCGGUGCAGUCGGGAAAGUCGGCGUACAUCCGGCCGGCGAAGAUGCCGAGUUCUAUCGAAAGCCAGGUGGGGACUUGGUGGUCUGGGGGGAGGGGGUGGAAGGGCGUGGAAGGUCAAGCGGUCGAAGUGGGACAUGUCGCGGGUGA